UACUAACCUUUGACCAUGAUACGGUGGCCUUUCAGGCCAAGCUUUGUUUUUCGCCCCGGUGUCGCAAGCUAAAGGACACAGGAGAUAAUGGCCCAGGGCCCAGUGUCAGGCCAGUAUGUACUGGGUAUAGAUCUGGGAACCACCUCAGUAAAGGCUGUGCUCUUGGAAACCAAAACCAACAGAGUGACCAACAGCCAGACCAGACAGACGAAAGCAGACAUCAGCAGUGACACUGGAAUACAGGCUAAGGAGCAAGAUGCUGGGAGGAUAGUUGACGCUCUGAAUGAGUGCAUUGCUGCCUUACCCAAAUACAGGCUCCAAGGAGUCAUCAGGAUAGGUGUCUCUGGACAGAUGCAUGGGGUGGUGUUUUGGAAAGCAGGAAAAGGCUGUGAUUGGCUGAGGACUGGAGAAUGUCACAUGUUCCAGCCAAUAGAUGUCAGCCCUCUGAUCACAUGGCAAGAUGGCCGCUGCACCAGAGAGUUUCUGUCUUCACUGCCUCUACCUGACUCCCACCUCAGCCUGGCCACUGGCUUUGGCUGUACCACUGUUUUCUGGUACCUCAAACACAGGCCUGAUUUUCUGACCCCCUUUACUGCAGCAGGGACCAUACAAGACUAUGUGGUCACUAUGCUGUGUGGCCAGGAAAGACCCAUGAUGUCUGUCCAAAAUGCUGCCAGCUGGGGAUACUUCAACACAAAGGCUAACGAAUGGAAUGAGGAAAUUUUAAGGAAGGCUGGCUUCCCCGUGCGGCUGCUCCCGAGGGUAGUGGAGUCCGGCAGUAUUGCAGGGGAGACCUCUUCAGAGUGGCACGGCGUCCCGGUACACACGCCAGUGGGAGUGGCACUGGGGGAUUGUCAGUGUUCAGUCUAUUCCUGCAUGGUGGAGAAGACUGACGCGGUUCUCAAUGUCAGCACCUCUGCCCAGCUGACCUUUGCCCUGCCCCCUACCUUCCAGCCUCCACAGAGGCCUGACCCCUCCUCCCCUCUCUCUUAUUUCCCGUACUUCGACGGCUGUUAUCUGGCGGUAGCUGCGUCACUCAACGGGGGCAACGUGCUGGCAACGUUUGUUGGGAUGCUCACAGAAUGGAUAAGAGAAUUAGGCUUGGAUAUCAACAGUUCCAGUAUCUACACCCAAUCAAUCCAAGCUGCCCUAAAUCAACACAGAACCGACCUCCUAAUAUCCCCAACCAUCUUUGGUGAAAGACACGCCCCCGAUCACCUGGGAUCAGCGUCCAGCAUCUCUGCUGCCAACGUCUCGCUCGGUCACAUGACCCGGGCGCUCUGCCGCGGCAUCGUUCAGAACCUGCUGUCCAUGCUGCCGCCGCGCAGACUGCAGGAAUCAGGCGUGCAGAGGAUCAUGGGAAGCGGGAAUGCGCUGUCCAGAAACGAGGUUCUAAAACAGGAAGUGGAGAAAGCAUUCCCACUUCCUGUGGUGUAUGGGAAGGAUGUUGAUUCAGCAGUGGGUGUUGCGAUGAUACUCAGUGACAGGAUCUGAUGAGUGUAAGAUAUGAGUUAAUCAGUACAUCACCAUAGAACAGGGAAAUACCAUGGGCAAGUUUUUGAUUUAAUCCAUCUACAGUGAAUGCUUUAAUGAGGCAGUUCUUCAACAGAUGACACUGCAUCCACUAUGUAGAACCAUUGUAUAUAAUCGUAUGUUGAUCAUAUGUAAUCGCAUGAGCUCUCACACCUAGAUCAGAAUUAUACAAAGCGUUUCAGACUGUGUUUGAAUUGAGAAAGUGUGAUGGAAUUCGCCUGGGUUGGAUGACAGUGGCAUGGAGGAGAUUAAGGAACCGCCGAGGGAGGAAACUUCUGUUCUCAUUGUAACUUGCAUUGUUUAUUUACGACUGACGGUUCUCCAAAGAUCUGCAAAAAGAGAAAAACUCAAUCUAACAGUAAACAUGUGACAUUUUUUUCAUAGCAGUUUCACCCAUUCAUGCCAGGUUUUAAUAACAAGCUUGAUUAGCCACACUGUAACAAGCUUGGUUGUCUCUUAUUAGGCUCAUCGUAAAAACCAGGAAUGGAUCAAACUGCUAUGCAUGGGAGUCUUAUUUGCAUCCCUGUAUUGCUCUGUCAGUUAAUAGCAAUUCAAUAUCUGUGCAUGUUUGACAUAUGAUCAGGGUUAUAUAAAGCAUGUGGCAUUUCCAAAAAUUCCAGGUAGUAAGACCAUGGUAACCCAUACUGGAUCAAGAGAUUAUUCAAGGGAUUUGUAAUUUCAUUAACCUUGGUUUGUCCUUUUGUUUGAGCUGUGCAGAAAUGUCUCACUGAGUUUCUGUAAUUCAGCGUAAAUCAAACAGUUCCUUCCUUAAGGCAGAUGGCUGUGACUCAUCAAUGUAAUGGCAUCCCUUCCUCUCAUUGCCAGUAACAAGGGGAGAGUGUAGCUGAUUGAUUGUAGCAUGAUGUAAUCCUGUGGUCUAGUUUGUGUUUUCCCAUACACAAUUCUGCAUCAAGAGAACCCUUUUAGGAUUUCAUUUACAGGGGCCACAUUCAGGAUCUUAAUAUCUAUUAAUAGCCUAAUAACUAUUGAUCUAGUUUGAGUGUCUUAUUCAAACAGCUAUACAGAAAUGCUAUAGGAGCAUACUCAGGACUGGUUAACUGGUCUGCUGUGUUCAGUGUAGUUGUUUUGUUUUUUUUUUCCCAGAGAUUGCACUAGCAAGCUGACAUUAGGAGUGGAGUAAAGGUGACUUCCUUAUUUUAACAAUCACAUUUAAGAACACACUUAUUUUUCAUUAUACAUUUGCAUUAUUCUCAUCUGUCUGGGCAGCAGUGUGGAGUAGUGGUUAGGGCUCUGGACUCUUGACCGGAGGGUCGUGGGUUCAAUCCCCAGUGGGGGACACUGCUGCUGUACCCUUGAGCAAGGUACUUUACCUAGAUUGCUCCAGUAAAAACCCAACUGUAUAAAUGGGUAAUUGUAUGUAAAAAUAAUGUGUAAAAAAUAAUGUAAUUGUAAGUCGCCCUGGAUAAGGGCUUCUGCUAAGAAAUAAAUAAUAAUAAUAAUAGGGAACAACCUUGUGGUGAAACAGAUUUUUCCCAUUGUAAAUGCUCCACCUAAAGGAACAGGAACUUCAUUUAAAAGAACACCUUUUUGGCACCAAUAGCAAUUCGUUGCUCACCGAUUCACAGGUGAUACAGUACUGUUUUGUAACCUGAUAACUCUUCAUCAUCAAACUCAAAUUCAAAUGUUUUAUUUAAUCUGAUCAUCAUGAGAGUAACUUAGAGCUGCUGCUGCAUUUUUUAACAUGUGUGUGUAGGGCGGUGCUGUGUUGUUAAUCAUUGUGUUAUAAUUCAUUCUCGUAUUCAUAAUUACUGUUAGAGCCGCUGCUGCAUGUUUGUCACUUAGUUUAUUAUUAUAGUUUAUUAACUUAAGCUUGCCUAUUGCUUUUCUCUUAUUCUGUUGAUGCACGUGCGUCAUGACAUAAGUAAUAAAUACGUUUGUAUUGAUU